AUCAACUCAGUUUUCAGUAACUGAAUAGACAUCAUGUCUCGAGCACGGCAGCCCCCGCUUGUAACUGGCAUCUCUCCCAAUGAAGGCAUCUCAUGGACAAAAGUGACAAUUAGAGGAGAAAAUCUGGGGACUGGGCCUACAGACCUCAUAGGUUUAACAAUCUGUGGGCACAACUGUCUGCUAACUGCUGAAUGGAUGUCUGCCAGUAAAAUUGUGUGUCGAGUUGGACAGGCUAAAAAUGACAAGGGAGACAUUAUUGUUACUACAAAGUCUGGUGGCAAAGGGACUUCAACUGUUUCCUUCAAACUGCUUAAACCUGAGAAAAUAGGUAUCUUGGAUCAGUCUGCUGUCUGGGUGGAUGAAAUGAACUAUUAUGACAUGCGCACUGAUAGGAACAAAGGGAUUCCCCCCUUGUCCCUACGUCCAGCUAAUCCGCUUGGUAUUGAGAUAGACAAAGGCAGAUUUCCUCAAAAAGAUUUAGAAGCACUGUUUCCGGGGAUGAGUGCUGAUUUCACUAGUGAAAACUUCUCUGCUGCCUGGUACCUGAUUGAGAAUCAUUCAACAACAAGUUUUGAUCAGCUCAAAACGGCUGUUGUGAAUUUGAAGAAACAAGCCAACAAGAAAAAUGAGGGCAGUCUAGCAUAUGUGAAAGGAGGUCUCAGCACAUUUUUUGAAGCACAAGAUGCUCUGUCAGCAAUCCAUCAAAAACUGGAAGCGGAUGGAACGGAAAAAGUAGAAGGAUCCAUGACGCAAAAACUGGAGAAUGUACUGAACAGAGCCAGUAACACAGCAGAUACCUUAUUCCAAGAAGUGCUGGGUCGCAAGGACAAAGCUGAUUCAACGAGAAACGCGCUUAAUGUUCUUCAGCGUUUUAAAUUUCUUUUCAACCUUCCCUUGAAUAUUGAAAGAAAUAUCCAGAAGGGCGAUUAUGACGUAGUUAUUAAUGACUACGAAAAAGCGAAGUCACUCUUCGGAAAGACAGAGGUUCAAGUAUUCAAAAAAUAUUAUGCUGAAGUUGAAACCAGAAUUGAAGCUUUAAGAGAACUUCUGUUGGAUAAGCUGCUUGAGACUCCGUCAACACUGCAUGAUCAGAAACGUUAUAUAAGAUAUCUUUCUGAUCUUCAUGCGCCUGGGGACCCUGCUUGGCAGUGCAUUGGUGCUCAACAUCAGUGGAUUCUGCAGCUCAUGCACAACUGUAAGGAGAGCUAUGUUAAGGAACAGAAAGAUCGGAUUGCAUCCCACUAUUGCUGCCCACUGGAAGGACCUGAAGUAGGCAACUCAUUGCUCCACAGCCCCAUGAUAGACCUGGACAGUGAUGUGCGUCCAUCACCAAUUGGCCACCUCAGUCAAACUGCUUCACUGAAAAGGGGCAGCAGCUUUCAGUCUGGUCGUGAUGAUGCUUGGCGAUACAAAGCUCCUCAGCAAGUUGUGUUUGUUGAAAAGUUGACAAAACUUGUUGUAAGUCAGCUGCCCAACUUCUGGAAGCUCUGGAUUUCUUAUGUGAAUGGAAGUUUAUUCAGUGAGACUGCUGAAAAAUCUGGCCAAAUGGAAAGAUCAAAGAAAAACGCUAGGCAAAGACAAAACGAUUUCAAGAAAAUGAUUCAGGAAGUGAUGCAUUCUCUGGUAAAACUUAUCCGAGGAGCUUUGCUUCCAUUCAGCCUGAGAGAAGGAGAAUCAAGACAAUAUGGUGGCUGGGAGAUGAAAUCUGAACUUUCUGGCCAGUGGCUAACACAUGUUAUCCAGACUGUAAGGCUUAGUUCUGAGUCUCUUACUGCACUCGAGAUACCCAAUGAUAUGCUUCAGAUCAUCCAGGAUCUUAUUUUGGACCUUCGUGUACGUUGCAUUAUAGUCACCUUACAACACACAGCUGAAGAUAUAAAGAGGUUAGCUGAAAAGGAAGACUGGGUUGUUGACAAUGAAGGGUUGACAUCGUUGCCAUCCCAGUUUGAACAGUGCAUUAUCCAUUCCUUGCAAUCUCUUAAAACUGUGCUGGACUGCAAACCUGGAGAGGCCAGCGUUUUCCAGCAGCAGAAAACACAGGAAGAUGUGUGCCAGCUAAGCAUUGGGAUCAUGCAGGUCUUCAUAGACUGUUUGGAACAACUGAGCACCAAACCUGAUGGUGACAUAGAUACGGCACAUCUUUCAGUUGAUGUUUCAUCUCCCGAUUUGUUUGGAAGCAUUCAUGAAGACUCAAGUCUUUCUUCAGAACAGAGGCUUUUAAUUGCACUCAGUAACUGCCGUUAUCUGGAACGUCAUACCUUCCUAAACAUAGCUGAACAUUUUGAGAAACAUGGCUUUCAAGGUGUUGAAAAAAUAACUCAAGUUAGUAUGGAAUCCUUGAAAGAGCUGGAUCAAAGACUGUUUGAAAUGUACAUUGAAUUCAAGGCAGAUCCGAUAGUUGGGUCGUUAGAACCUGGCAUUUAUGCAGGAUAUUUUGAUUGGAAAGAUUGUCUUGUUCCAGCAGGUGUCAGAAACUAUUUGAAAGAAGCAUUAGUGAAUAUCAUUGCUGUGCAUGCAGAGGUGUUUACCAUUUCCAAAGACUUGGUUCCUCGGGUAAUGUCAAGGGUUGUAGAAGCAGUCUCUGAAGAACUGAGCCGCCUGAUGCAGUGUGUUUCAUCCUUCAGUAAAAAUGGAGCUUUACAGGCGAGACUUGAAAUCUGUGCGUUGAGAGAUACCGUGGCCAUAUACCUAACACCUGAAAGCAACUCGAGCUUUAAGCAAGCUUUGGAAGCCUUGCCUCAGCUCUCAAGUGGAACUGACAAAAAGUUACUAGAAGAGUUACUGAACAAAUUUAAAAGCAGCAUGCACUUGCAGCUGACCUGUUUUCAAGCUUCUUCGUCAGCAAUGAUGAAAACAUAGACAACAACACAAUGCAGGCAACUCAAGAAACAAAUGUGCUUAAGCAUCUCCCGUUUUUUUCUGUACUUCUUCAGUUCCUUUGAAGACUUUGAAGAAAACAAAAGGAAUCUCACUGAAAAAGAAGUUGAGAUACAACUCUUUGAGUAAUGGUAUGGGGUAUCCUGCUGCGUGAGACUUCUGGUCAUAAAUACCUUGAUAAAAUGGUUUUCUGUCUACUGUAUUUCAGUUGGUGAAGGGACUUAAACCAAUUUUGUUUACAUACACUCUUCUUGGCUGUGUAUGUUCAUGAAGAAAUAUGCAUUGGUGCACUGCAAUCUCAGUUUCAUUUGUUAAAAUACAUAGAAAUGUAUUUUUAUCAAAUGCCAUCUUAAAUUUGAGUAUUACUCAUGCUGUUCAGUGUAUCAAUCUGUUACUUUCUAGAUGUAGAGUGAUUGUGAUGUGACUGGAAGACUCAACUUCUAUAAACUGUUGAGUAUGUAAUAAACAUUACUACAUACAGAUGACUAAUAAGUGUUCACAUACAAUAUGGAGAAGGACAUUGCUUCUUUUGCAUUUAAAAAUUAUCUCUUUUUCUGUUACCGUCUACAGUUUUAGUGGUCGUAAGUCUGAUUUCUGGGGAAGCUUUUAUUUUCUUGCUUCUUUUUUAAUUAAAAACAUGUUCCUGCCUUUUUUGUUUCUCCCUUCUAUUGGAAUAUUGAUGAUAACCUUCACAUUUGAAAUAAGUUCUGCUUUCAUUGGCAAUUAACAGAAAAGCGCUCCAAGUUCAUAAGAUUAGUAGAAGUUUUUUAAAAAUUCAAGUAAAAUAUUCUUUGGUGUUAAGGAGUAGAAUAGUUAAUAGCCUCUCGCAUAGUCAGAAGUAAGGAGGAGCACAACAUUGCCAUUUCUUCUUAUCUUGUUCUUACAGGUUUACUACCACUGUCUUCCCUCUUGUUAGUCAGCCUUCUUUUCACCAUCACUUACUGAAUUUGUGUGGAGGGGAAUAGGGGCUCAGGAGGGAAGAACAAUUUCGCUGCUAUUAAGAUAUACUUACACAAAGAUCAAGAACCAUCUUCCCAACAGGGAAGAUUUGACACUGAAUUCCCUUCUGGGACUUGGUAUAAGAUGCAGGAAGCUGUAAUGAGAGCUACUAAGAGAGAGUGGUCUUGUUUGGGGGAGUGAGGAAUGGGUUUAGUUUUGUAACUGAAAUCAUGACUCGCAAGUAAAUCAUGCGGUAAUAAUGUAUUUUUUCUGUAUUUACAGUCAUUUUGAGUGGGACUUUUCAGAAACAGUGCACUGAGUUUUCAAACAAUUUUUAAUGUCAACUGUUUUAUUCUGCCAGUUCAGUUACGUGCUUUAAAAAUACCACGUACAGUUCCUAUAGUAUGAAAUACUGAAGAAACAGCUUGAUGCACAUGUAUUUACUCGUAAAAAAAAAAAAAAAAAAAAAAAAAAAAUGGUGUGUAAGUAGUAAUAGCAUGUUGAGUGGAAGUUUGAAACGUCAAAUAUGUGUCAUUAUUGGCUUUCGGGGAGAAUCGUUGAACACCUGGAGCAAUGUUGUUUUGUUAAAUGUUGUCCAUUCUAAGUUAAUCACAGUCUCAGCUUCUGGUAUUAAC